UCUCCAUCUCUCCAUCUCUCCAUCUCUCCAUCAGGGCCCGACACCCUGAGCGGCGACGCGGCAGUCCGCGCCCGUGUUUCUUUUGCCCAUCUGGGGCCGACUCCGAGCUUUAGUUUACCUAGAUUGCCCUUUGGCUCUCAUGCCCGCUCUGUCAGUUAUCUCCUAAGGCUGCUGAUGCGCGAAGACGGGCUUCAAUCUGCAGCCCGCAAUGUCAGCCAAUCUCCAGGGGCAAGGGACACCCCCCUGUGCACCCCACACAGGCCACACAGGGGUUUCUCGGUCCCAUCCGCUUCACCUUUGCGCACAAAAGCGGGCACAGGCCAGACAGUGUCUGGCGACGGGAAUUGAACCUAAGCCACGACUCCGAUAUCCGGACCAGGCCAGCGCCCUCCACUAUCGUUAUCACACGCUGAAUCGCCAGCCUUGGCCAAAAAGUCUGAGCCUGGGCCUUGCCGCAUGUGCCGCCGCCUCACAACCUGGCACGAAAACCCCGAGGCCCAGCCAGACCGGAAGCUCGAUUAAAACCCAAUUGGACCGUGCUGGAUAGCGGCGACACAACUCCAAUAAAGCACAAUGGCUGCCCGUGCUCUGAGAAUAGGCCUCAUCCCCGGUGAUGGCAUCGGCAAAGAGGUCAUCCCCGCCGGGCGGCGGGUGCUCGAGGCGCUCCCCGCCUCGCUGGGCCUCAAGUUCUCCUUCCUCAACCUGCAGGCCGGCUUCCAGACGUUCGAGGAGACGGGCGCGGCCCUGCCCGACCGCACCGUCUCGGCGCUCAAGGCCGAGUGCGACGGCGCCCUCUUCGGCGCCGUGAGCUCGCCCACCAGCCCCGUCAAGGGCUACAGCUCGCCCAUCGUGGCCCUGCGCAAGCGCCUCGACCUCUACGCAAACGUCCGCCCCGUCAAGUCGGUCCUGACGGGGCCCCGGCCGGUCGACAUGGUCAUCGUACGUGAGAACACCGAGGACCUGUACGUCAAGGAGGAGCGCACCAUCCACACCGACGACGGCCUCGUCGCCGAGGCCAUCAAGCGCAUCUCGUACCGCGCCUCGCACCGCAUCGCCACAAUCGCCGGCGAGAUCGCCCUGCGCCGCCAGAAGAUCCGCGCCGCCGGCGCCGCCAGCAUCCACUCUAGCCCGCUCGUCACCAUCACACACAAGUCAAACGUGCUCUCCCAGACCGACGGCCUCUUCCGCCAGGCGGCCAAGGAGGCCCUCGCGGACCCGCGCUUCGCGGGCACCGUCAGGGUUGAGGAGCAGAUCGUGGACAGCAUGGUGUACAAGCUGUUCCGCCAGCCAGAGGACUACGACGUCAUCGUGGCCCCCAACCUAUACGGCGACAUCCUGUCCGACGGCGCCGCCGCCCUCGUCGGCUCGCUCGGCCUCGUGCCCAGCGCAAACGUCGGCGAGGGCUUCGCCAUCGGCGAGCCCUGCCACGGCAGCGCCCCGGACAUUGAGGGCAAGGGCAUCUCCAACCCCGUCGCCACCAUCCGCUCCGCCGCCCUGAUGCUCGAGUUCCUCAACGAGGAGGCCGCCGCCGCCAAGAUAUACGCUGCCGUCGACGCUAACCUCGAGGAGGGCAAGCUGCUGACCCCGGACCUGGGUGGCAAGGCUACCACCGAGGAGGUUGUCGAGGACAUCCUGAGGAGGUUGUAA